AUGCAGUAUGGCCCAAAGAUUCCAUGUCCCUUUCCAACUGUCACAGCAGCAUUCUACCAUUAUGCCAGAUCAUUCCCGGACAAUGUGGCCCUCCAUGAUCUGUCUGGUGAAACCACCCGACUCAUCACAUACCGUCAGCUGGCCGCUCGGGCUCAGGCACUCGCCGCCCAGCUUCGUGGCCUUGGUGUCCUUCCUAACCAGAGAAUCCCUCUUGUUGUGAAGAGGAGCGCCGAGAUGGUGGUUGGCAUAUGGGCCAUUCUGUCUUGUGGCGCUCAAUAUGUGCCCCUUGAUGGAGGUGUCGUACCAGACUCAACCAUCCGCCACGUCUUUGAGCAGUCGGGAGGCAGCAUCGUUUGCUGUCUACCAUCCACGGUUCAUCGCAUCCGCGACCUCUGCCCCGGCGCCACCCCUGUCAUUAUUGAACAGCAGCAGCUCGAGGGCCAGACACAGGAUGAGAGGUGGACAGACCUGGCUAGUUCUGAUGGUGGAUGCUACAUCAUUUACACAUCCGGGACAACUGGCAAGCCCAAAGGCGUCGACGUGACACACAAGAAUGUCUCCAAUCUUGUCUGUAUGUCUCCCGGGAACUUGGGCAUUCGACCGGGCAAUCGGGUGGGACAGGUUCUUAACAUCAGCUUCGACAUGGCCGCCUGGGAGAUCUUUGCGUGCCUGUGUAACGGUGGCACCCUUGUCAUCCGGGGUUCUAAGUGGGAACCCGCCAUCGAGCUGGUCGAUACACUGAUCUGCACACCAACUAUUCUGUCCAAGUACCCUCCCACCAAGUAUCCCAAGAUCAAAGUUGUUGCUACGGCUGGCGAGCCAACUUCACAAGACCUGGCUGAUCUGUGGGCUAAGCAUGCAACCUACUGGAAUUGCUGUGGUCCUACGGAAACAACCAUUGUCAACACUAUGCAGAAACACGUUGUUGGAGACGGCCUGUCUAUCGGCUCCCCUACUCCCAAUAACAACGUCUAUAUCCUUGACGACAACCUGAACCCGGUACCGGCAGGUGAGCCUGGUACCAUGUGGGCCGGCGGAAGCGGCGUGUCUCGCGGCUACGUUGGCCUCGAGGCCAAGACAAAGGAGUCUUACAUUCCAGAUCCCUUUGCUAACGAUGGAACCAAAAUGUACUGCACCGGCGAUUUGGGUCGAUGGCGACCCGACGGCUCCAUUGAGAUUCUCGGCCGUGUCGAUGACCAAGUCAAGGUCAAGGGUUUCCGCGUCGAGCUGGAUGGUGUCUCCUCGUCGAUGGCCUCAGCGCCUGGUGUCACCCGCGCCUGCGCACUCCUUAUUGAUGGAGAAAUCCACGGCUUUGCCGUUCCUUCUAACCAGGAUUCUGGAGCCAUUCUGGAGCACACUCGCAGACUUCAGCCCUACUAUGCUGUGCCGUCCAGCCUUCAUCUCCUGGACGAGUUCCCUACGACCGCCAAUGGCAAGAUAGACAAGAAGGCACUCCGUCUGCUGGCUACCGUCCCUGCCUCUCCUGCAAUCUCCGAGUCUUCGACCGUUUUCAGUUCCACGUUCCAAUCGGCUGUUCUUCCGAGGAAGGAUAACAAGACCAACGAGAAGAUCGACUUAUCAGCGGCGAUUCCCGAGAAAAAGUGGCCCAAGCCCUGGAGAGGCCUUCUCAAACGUGUUCUUAUUGUAUACCGCGUCCUGAUGAGCUUCGUGGGCCUUGUCAACAUCGGAGUCCUCGUCGCUGUCCUUCUUCUCCACCCUGGCGUCGAGUGGCUCGCAACCAUUACAGCAGCGAACCUUGUCACUGGUGUGCUCAUUAGACAGGAUGCUGUCAUCAACGUCCUCUACACCCUUUUCUGCUCCGUUCCCAAAUUCUUCCCCUUCUGGAUCCGCCGCCGGUGUGCCAAGAUUUACCAUCUCGGUGGUGUUCAUUCUGGUGCUGGUAUCUGUGCCACCGCCUGGCUGCUGGCGUCUACUAUCCAAGCUACAGUUGCCCGGUUUCAGCUCCACGGACGACCAUCGGGAGCCUCUCUGGCCAACCUGGUGGUGUCGUGGCUGCUCUGUGCGCUCUGUUUCGGUAUCCUCGCCUCGGCCUUACCUGUGUUUCGCAAAGCCAAGCACAACAUGUUUGAGAAGAUGCACCGCUUCAUGGGAUGGACCACACUUGCACUGUUCUGGGCCAAGACUGUUGUCUCUGUGUACGACUCUACCCCGGCUGGAGAGGACCUCGGGCUGGCGCUUGUCAAGACACCGUCCUUUUGGAUGCUCGGCGUGGCUACAUGCAGCGUUGCCUCCUCCUGGGUCUUUCUCCGCAAAGUCAAGGUCAACGCGGAGCCACUGUCUGACCACGCUAUCCGCCUGCAUUUUGACUACACCGUCCCUGUCAACGGCAGCUUCACUCGUGUCUCCCACCGCCCGCUCCUUGAGUGGCACUCGUUUGCGACAAUCCCAGCGCCGCAGCCUGACGUCGAAAACGGCAUCGCAUCAGGAUACUCUCUCGUGGUAUCCAACGCUGGCGAUUGGACCAAGGCGUGCAUCCAGAACCCACCUACAAGCCUUUGGGUCCGUGGUCUUCCGGCCUGUGGUGUCAUGCGCAUCGCGACACUGUUCAAUCGCGUGGUGGUGAUUGCUACAGGAUCUGGCAUUGGCCCCAUGCUGGGCCACAUUGCAACACCGAGCUGUCCCACUCAGCUCAUCUGGUCAACUCCCUCCCCUGAAAAGACAUUCGGCAAGAGAAUCAUCAAUACUAUCAAGGAGUCAAUCCCCGGUGCUGUCAUUCACGACACUCGUACUCAGGGACGGCCUGACCUUGUGCGCAUGGGCUACAACAUGGCCAAGGACUUUGGCGCCGAGGCCGUCAUCAUCAUUGCCAACGAGAAGAUUACCAAAAAGGUGGUAUAUGGGCUGGAAACUCGUGGCAUCCCUGCUUACGGGGCCAUCUGGGACAGUUGA